ACCAAACAAAAUUUGAAAACUAGGUCACAUCCGCCCCUAUGUUAUUUAAUACCCAAGUUUACUUAAACUUUGGGGCAACAAAUACAAUAGUUCGCCCUCUACCUUUAAACAAUAACACAUUUUAACAACAACAUUUGUACGUUUUUUUUUUUUAACAAAACACGGUGUUCCAUAGCAUUCUGGGCAUGUACCUGUUUGGCGGUAAGUUUUGCAAUUAUGUAGACGAAAGGGGCGUACUGAGCGAUUGCGGCUGCGAAAUGUUAGAGAAAAAAGAUCCCAGAUGCCAAUGCGACAGGAAACAUUUCAACAACAUCCUUUGGGCCACCGUCACCGUGUUUCAAAUUCUCACCCAAGAAGACUGGAAUAUGGUACUUUCAAAUGGAAUGGCGCGUACCUCACAUUGGGCCGCUCUUUAUUUUGUUGCCCUGAUGACUUUUGGCAACUACGUACUUUUUAAUCUUUUAGUUGCCAUUUUAGUCGAAGGAUUUAGUUCUGAGAGGAAUGAAAGAAGGGAACGAGAGCAAAGAGAGCUUGCUAGACGGAAAAUGUCUAUUAUUCUAGAGGCCAGCUUUAGGGACAGUAAUAGUAGUAGAUCAGACAGUGGAUCAACUGAUAGUUAUAUUAAUGAUAAACGAAAUUAUUGGCAUUCAGCGGACGAAAUAAAAGAUUUAAAUGGUCAAAAACCAAUUCAAGCCAACUGUGAUUUUAAAGAUGUCAAUUCAAAAGAUAAAUGUUACUUAAAAGAGCCAAAAUGUAACAUUCAAAAAGAGUCGAUGUUGCGGCAACCUUUGAGACAAUCUUCGCCGCCUAUUAUAACACACACGGCGGCCACCCCUCAAGAUUCGCCGAAUAAUACUUUGGAUGCGGAUUUUCCAGAGUUUCUUUAUAACGUUAGCAAUGAUGUUGAAGACCAAUCGGCUACUGAUUCUACAACACAAAAAAGCUCAAGUUUGAGUCUUUUGAAACCGCCAACAUUGUCGCCGCCUCCAGUAACGUUUCGGAAUUUCGAAAAAUUUCCUGAUGAACCGGUACAAACUCAGGCAGGAAAAAUCGUGAUCCACAACGAGAAAAUCGGUCAGAAGACGAUGUCGUUUUCGGAAAAGGUCGUCCAAAUAAGCAGCAAUAAAAACGAGAUGAAACAGAAUCCUGACAAGGACAAGUUGCAAAGGAAAAUGUCGUGGAAUUUACCGAGGAAACCAAGUUUGAGAAGGAAAAGGGACAAAUCGGGUUCAGAUUCUGAGGCAGUGCCGUUGAACAAUGGCAGAGAUCAUUCUCAGUGCAACGGAAAGGGAGUCAUCCGACAUGCCAGCUUGAACCGGAACGAUUCAUUGCUGCUGCAAUCAUCCAUUAGGAUUCAGAACGACACUCACGGAGACACCCCGAAUAACAAAUUGAUGCCGUCUACGAUUAGUCCGCAAAAUUCUUUUAGAUGUAGAUCGAACACUUGUAGCGCCACUUCAACACGACAAAAAGUCAUAACCCCUCCGCCGGCACUGACUAGACGCAAUUCCCUCACAAAAUCACCACCAAAGCACAAACAAUGCGACCAUAUCGAACUAAAACCAUUGAAUAAUCUUAAAGAUCUAACAGAUUUGCCUCAACAGAUCAAAUUGGAAGAAAAUGAUGUCGGCCCCAGGUUAUCAACGAUUGAAAGAUUGGAAAUGUGGCUUGAACCUUAUGUUUGUAUUAAGGGCAAAGACGAAUAUUCGUUGUACUUGUUUGCGCCAGAUAACAGUUUCCGGCACAAAUGCACCCAAUUGGUAGAGCAGAAAUACUUUGACAAUGUCGUUCUACUUUUUAUAGCCUUGAAUUGCAUUACUUUGGCUAUGGAGAGGCCCAACAUACCACCGGAGAGUCACGAGAAACUUUUCUUACAAAGCUGCAACUAUAUUUUUUCUAUUGUCUUUGCUUUUGAGAUGUUUGUUAAGGUCGUUUCCAGUGGUAUGUGCUACGGCCCAAAUGCCUACUUCACUUCUGGCUGGAACAUCAUGGACGGUUCAUUGGUAAUCAUUUCAAUAGUUGACAUCCUAAUGUUCCUCAUCAACGACACGACAUCUCGGAUUUUCGGCAUCCUUAGGGUGUUUCGUCUCUUAAGAUCAUUACGUCCCUUGAGGGUAAUCAACAGAGCACCUGGAUUAAAACUCGUAGUACAAACGUUGUUGUCUUCGUUGCGACCUAUCGGCAACAUAGUGCUGAUUUGUUGCACGUUUUUUAUUAUUUUCGGGAUUUUGGGGGUGCAACUGUUCAAAGGCACCUUUUACCAUUGCAUCGGGGAAAAUUUGACAAUGAUAAUGACCAAGGACGAUUGCCUGCAGCACGGCUACGAUUGGAAAAACGAAAAAUACAAUUUUGAUGAUUUAGUGCAAGCUUUGAUGUCACUUUUUGUACUUAGCAGCCGAGAUGGUUGGGUCAAUAUAAUGUAUACUGGUUUAGAUGCUGUUGGGGUGGACAAACAGCCUGUAACCAACUUCAACGAAUGGCGAUUGCUUUAUUUCAUUUCGUUUAUUUUGUUGGUGGGAUUUUUUGUGUUGAACAUGUUCGUUGGAGUUGUAGUGGAAAACUUCCACAGGUGCAGAGAGGAACAGGAAAAAGAAGAACGCAUUAGACGGGCAGCUAAAAGAGCUUUGCAAUUAGAAAAACGUAGAAGAAAAAUGAAAGAGCCGCCUUAUUACAUAAACUAUCCACCGUGGAGGCUGUUUAUUCACAAAAUAGUCACUUCUAAGUAUUUUGACUUAGCCAUAGCGGCAGUUAUAGGCUUAAACGUUGUGACGAUGGCAACUGAAAGCUAUCGAAUGCCACCCAUUUGGGAAUAUCUUUUGCGGAUUUUUAAUUAUUUUUUCACUGCGGUGUUCAUAUUAGAGAGUAUAAUGAAAUUGAUUGCUCUCGGAUUCAGGAUGUAUAUCAAAGACAAGUGGAAUAUUUUGGAUGUUGUCAUUGUUAUUUUGUCUGUGUUUGGGAUUAUUAUUGAGGAAAUGAAGGAGAAUGAGAUGAAGAUUAUUCCUAUUAAUCCAACGAUUAUUAGGGUAUUACGAGUGAUGCGUAUAGCACGCGUCCUCAAGCUCCUAAAAAUGGCGAAGGGUAUCCGUGCACUUCUAGACACGGUCAUGCAGGCCCUGCCGCAAGUCGGCAACCUGGGGCUGCUCUUUUUCCUUCUCUUUUUCAUUUUCGCCGCCCUGGGGGUCGAACUAUUUGGCCGGCUAGAUUGCAAAGUCACCCCUUGUCAAGGUUUAGGAGAGCACGCCCAUUUCGAAAAUUUCGGCAUGGCCUUCUUGACGUUGUUCCGAGUAGCGACUGGGGACAAUUGGAACGGUAUUAUGAAGGAUACGUUGUACAACGAGAAUUGUGAUGAAAGGGAUGAUUGCAUUAAGAAUUGUUGCAUUUCGCCGAUAAUUGCGCCGAUAUUUUUCGUUAUUUUCGUGCUGAUGGCUCAGUUUGUGCUGGUCAAUGUUGUAGUAGCGGUUUUGAUGAAACAUUUGGAAGAAUCGCACAAACAUUUGGAAGACGAACAAGACAUGGACAUUCAGUUGGAACGGGAGUUUCAGGAAAAGCAAGAGCAAAAUGAGCGCAGGGAGUUGUGCUUGGCGUUGCAAUUGGACGCUCAAGAAUGUCAUCCAGAGAAACAGAGAAAAUUGCACAAAGUACUCUCCCUGCCAUCGAACUUCGUUUUCAACCCUCCGGGCGGUACCAAAGUCACCCUGGAACGUCAACCGUCUCAAAGUCGCCGUCAAACAAUGCACGGCCACUUACCGAUCAUGAUUUCCAACAUGGAAGACAUGAAAAACAUCGACGAUUCAAUUUCAGACAUUUACAGUAUCCAAGAAGAAUCUACAAGUCCUAAAAGGGAAAUUACUAGGAUUAAUUUGGAUGAGAUUUUAACGUAUCCUCCUCCUGUUCCAGUGCAGUUAUUAAAAGUGCCAAAAAUCGAAGAGAAAAAAAUCAACGAAACAUUGGACGUGCAUCGGUUGUCAGUGAACAAAAAACUUUCCGGCAGCACGAAACAUUUGUUUCAAAAACAAGUUUCAAUGGAGGUCUACGAGGAAACUCCGUUUUUCAAAGUGACUAGUAGUGAUAAUAGUAAUAGUUUAAAACUUCCUGGUAGUAGGCACGACAGUCAAGAGAGUGUGCAACGAAUAAUAACGGAACGAAGGAAUUUAGAUGAUAAUUUUAAACAAUUCGAUCGGUAUGAUAUAUUUGAUACGAAACAUAGUAGCGAGGAACAUUUGUUUUCGGCCAGUGAGGAUUUAAAGGAUAUUAGUCCUUGUUAGGUGUAUUAGUAUUUAAAAUUCAAAAAAAAAAGGUUAGUGGUGUCUGUUCUGUUGCUACAUAUCUAUAACUAGGAAUUGUGUAAAUUUAAAUAUGUAAUUAUUAGGGAUAUUUUUCAAAAAAAAAAUGUUACAAAAUAAGGUUCCUGAAUCAAUUUCUGUUGGCAGAACACAAAAUCUGUAGUGUAUAUUUUUAAAAAUUGUUGAUUUUUGAUUCUCCAAGAAAAAAAAAACAAAAAAAAAAUCUUGUAACCUAUUAGAUAGAGAAAAAUGUAGAGUAAAUUACUCUUGUAUUUUUUUUUUUAAAUUUUAACUAAGGCCUCGCUGAACAAUACAAGUACAGUAGAACCUCGAUUAUCCGAGUCGCAAUUAUCCGAGCUCUGGAUUAACCGAGCCAGUCUAAAGAUGAGGUACUUGGUUUCUCUGAUAGUAUUUUUUAAAUUUUUAGAACCAAAUAUGUUGGAGACGGCACAACCAACCAAAUACAGACAAACUAUAUAGUUUUGGAAUCGGCAAAUUGUGCUCUUCAAGAAUAUAGAACCAAAUAUAGGGCAUCCCGUUUGAAAAAAGCUGAAAGCAUGUCACAUUUUACAUUUCUGACCAUGGAUUUUAAAAAUUUAGCCAAUACUGUACAACUUUUGUAUUUACAUUUUUCAUCUACUUGUAAAGGUAAAGGCUAUAGGUGGGGUGUCAAUACAUAAAAAAAAACAUCCUGUACUUAAAUAAUAACUUAUUAUAUAAAGUCAGAAUUUAUAAGAUUAUCCACUUUUUGUCAAUUUGCCUCUCAACAGGAAUUAGUAAUGUUACUUUACCACACUAGUAAUAUAAUGUGACAAGUUAUUCAAGUACAAAUGAGUGGAUUGUUGCGG